AUGUCCACACAGAGUAGUAUUUUAUUUGAUAAUACUUCAUUAUCCGAUCAACAACAACAGCAAUACUAUUCUUCAUCAUCAAAUUUACACUAUGAUUUAUCAUUAAUUGCUCCUCUAACGUUAUCAAGAAGAAAUACCGUUAGAAAAUUUGGUGAUGCAGGAAUUAUUCAUCUACCAAAACUAAAACCAAAAUCAACAAUGAGUUUAUUAUCUCAUGAAUUUGGUAGUGAUGAUAUUAUGACAAGAAGUAUCACUAGUAGCGAGCAAGAAAUAGCUCUGUUUAAGAAAAAUUUUGACCGACAACGAGCCUCAUUAUCACAAUGUCUUGAAGAUAAUCGAUAUAAAAUUGAUCGUGCUCAUUAUAGAAUAGGAAAUUUUCAACAGUUGAACGAAGCACGUGAUGAUUUACUUCAUCAAUUGUCAAAAGAAAACGUAUCAGUUAUCAAUAAGAUUGAAACUUUAAAACAAGAAAUUAUUGAUGAACGUCAUCAACGAGAUAGUUAUGAAAUGGAACAGCUUGUUUUACAACGAAAAUUAAAUCAUUUAAAACGACAGAAUAUUCGUGAAGAAGCACCAUUAGAAGAUAUGGCCAAAAAGCAAUUAUUAAAUGAUGAGCAUCAAGAAUAUCUUUUGAGACUAACAAAAGAACAAACGAGACAGUGUCAUAAACGGGAUGAAGAAAUCGAGCAAUUGAAAGAAAAACUUUGUGAAUUAUUUAACUAUAAAGCAGAUGAAUGGACAAAACUCUUAUAUGCAACACAAACUGCUCUAAAUUAUGAAAAUCAGAAGAAAGAAAUUUUGAAACAGAAAUUAGAUUAUAUUGAAAAAUAUGAACUGAAAUCGACAAAACCAUGUUGUCUAUUAACAUCAUAUCGUUUAAGUAAAAUUUCAACUGAAUUACGUUUAUACAAGAUUAUUGAACGAAGUUUGUAUGAUUUAUUUGGCUCUAGUUGUUCAUGCGGUUCAUUUCAACGUGCAAAACUUACAUUUUGUCGUUUGCAUACAGAGCAAAAAGAUUGA